GUGUCUCGUAUUUAUCUUACUGACUGCUUGUGGUUAUAUGACUUUUUUUUUCACUUUGUGAUGUUGGUAACGUUACAGUAUAUGAAUGUAGCUUGUUGAGUGUCAGUGGAAUCUAACUGACUCACAUUCUUCAUCCCCUGCGAGUGGCACAAAGAGCAGCGGGAUAUAACUCAGAGGGCGUAUUGCGCUUAUUUGUCAGAAACUUGGGAGUUUCCAGUCAGAAAGAAAGAAACACAUGGGAUAGUCUAACAACAUUUGAAAAAAAAAAACACAAUACUGUACAGUCUCAAAUGUUUUCUACCAAGUGUCUAUCUUUUCAAGAAGGCAGAUACAGCGCCUUAAAAACUUAAAACCAAAUUGAAGACCAGGAACAGGCUAGCGGUUUUUUUUUUUUUUUUUUUUUUUUUAAUUGGUUGUUUACGUGGAAACCAAGCACUUCCUCAAUGUUGUAGGAGGAAAUAUUAUUGGUUUUGCUUUAUUGCCUAACGCCGUGGUUCUGCCUCCUGCGUCCUGAACAGAAGGUCUGACCGAUACCGUUUUUCAUUUGUGAAGCGGUACGUAUUUCGGCAGCGCAGUACACAAUGGAGUAAUAGAAGGUUGCUGAGAUUAAAAAAAAAAAAAAAAAAAAAGAGGCAGUAAAGACAAGCAGUUAUGGAGUACGCGAAUGAAAACGCUGGGAUAGAACUACUGCUGGCUCACAUGAAUUUGGAUGAUUUUAUUGACGUUAUGGGAAAUCUUUAUCCACCUGAAGACACUGCAAUCUUUGAUGAGAGCUUGGUGUCAAUGACCCAAGAAGAAAUGGAUGACAUUGAGGAGACUGCCAGUUCAUUGCUGCUGGAUAAUGGCGAUGAUGACAAACCCAGUUUGCUGAGGGUCUGUAUGAAAUAUGGAACAGUUAAUGACUUGUUAUCUUUUGCAAACUGGGUGUCAAACACACCGCAGACUAUUCUGCAGCACCCGAAACAGGAGAUGGGUGUAGUGCUAAAUAAGAAGAACAUGGCAGUAAAGAACGGGCGCUAUCAGAUUGACUCAGACGUGAUGCUGUUUCCAUGGAAACUGACCUACCGGAACAUUGGCUCAGAUCACAUUCCCAGGGGAGCUUUCGGGAAAGUCCACCUGGCUCAGGACACUCAGACGAGAAAACGAAUGGCAUGCAAACUGAUUCCUGUGGAACAUUUCAGACCAGCUGAUGUUGAAAUCCAAGCCCGGUUCCGCCACGAGAACAUUGCAGAGCUGUACGGAGCCCUGCUGUGGGACGAGUCUAUCCACCUGUUCAUGGAGGCAGGAGAAGGGGGUUCAGUCAUGGAAAAGCUGGAGAGCUGCGGGCCCAUGAGAGAGUUUGAGAUCAUCUGGGUCACCAAACAGGUUCUCAAAGCCCUUGACUACCUGCAUUCCCAUAAAGUUAUACACCACGAUAUCAAACCCAGCAACAUCGUGCUGAUGUCAGCAAAAGCUGUUCUGGUGGAUUUUGGACUCAGUGUGCAAAUGACAGAAGAUGUGUAUAUACCGAGGGAUCUUCGUGGGACAGAGCUCUACAUGAGCCCUGAGGUGGUCCUUUGCAGAGGCCAUACAACAAAGUCUGAUAUUUACAGCCUGGGUGCAACAGUCAUUCACAUGCAGACUGGCAGUCCUCCCUGGGUGAAGAGAUACCCACGCUCAGCCUACCCCUCCUACCUGUACAUUAUCCACAAGCAGGCCCCGCCUUUGGAGGACAUUGCUGAAGACUGCAGCCCUGCCAUGAGGCGAUUCCUAGAAGGAGCUCUGGAGAGGAACCCCCAUCACCGUCUGUGUGCAUCGGAGCUGCUGAAGGACGAGGCUUUACACCCUCCCAGAGAGGAGCAGCCGCGCUGCUGGAGCCUGGACUCGGCUCUCUGUGACAGAACCCGUCUGCUGUUGAGGCAGGAGUCCGAGCUGCCCGACGCCACGAGUGGUCCUUCAAUAUGCAGCAAUGAGGAGUCAAUGGCUAUGAAGAGAAAAGGAUCUUUGUACAUUGACCUGGGAGCACUGGCUGGGUAUUACAACAUUGUAAGAGGACCUCUAGCGUCUGAAUACGGCUAACAGCACCCGCAGAGCCACCCUUCUGAACAAGUAUCCAUGAAGAUCUCAUUCACUGUACACUUCUGAGUCAGUGCCAUGGCAGUUAACACUUCAGUUUUAUCAGCUGCCGUAGCUGGUAUUAGCACUGCUGUGUCCCGCAGAUGAAUGAGGUUGAGCCACAAGUGAAACUGAUGUCAUUUCAAGUGAGGAACUGAGAUUGUGUCUAGGUGUAUGGCUUAUAUAUUUUCUACUUCUGCUUAAGAACGUUGUUGAAAAUAUUAUUUUGUAAAAUCUUAACAGUGUAAAAAAACCACAAGACUAUAGGCACAUGUUAAAGAGAUUCAAGCUUGUAUGCCUGCAACUAAAACUACUAGUAAUUCAAACAAACUGGUAAACCAACAAUCUCUGGUUUGUGAUUACUAUAGUAAAUGGUAAUGCAGAGUCAUAUUUUACUGUGACAUUGAAUGUGAUUGUAGGACACUUAGCUUUAAUAUGUGGGAAGGCAAUGAACUAUAAUAAAAAAUAAAUAAACUAAGAGUAAUAUAUACAAAUAUAGAACCAUUAUUGGUGUAUUAUAGCCUGAUUUGGUUCUAGUACUGCUCAUGAAAAAAUUGUGAGCCUUUUUAAGUAUAAGAAUCUUUAAAUGUUUCUAAUAGAAAAUGAUGUGUGCUGUACUUUUAUCUUGGUUUACAGUUUGUAUAAACUGUAUCUGUUCAUUCAGCAAACAGUGCUUCGGGCCUGUAAUAUCUGGUUUAUUCAGAAUGUAAGUUUGACUUAUUAGUAUCUCGUUGUUCCUAUGGAAACAGCCUCUGUGUUGUAAUUGCUGUGUAGAUUACCAAAUGUUAUAUAUAAUAUGCAACAUGUUUGUAUAAAGAAAUCUAUUAAUUUUAUAGCUUUGUACUGUACACCUAUUGGGUGGGAAUGUGAAUACUAUGCAUUAUUUCUUUAAAUACACAACUAUGAACAAAGGUUUUGCAUCACCCUAUAGACUUCGCUAAUUUUGCUUAAUAAA